AUGAUCCCACAGAAAAUGGUCUUGCCCUUGGGUGCUGAAGAGCUGGUGUAUUGUAUGAUGGAAAGGCCUGGAUUUGAUGUAUCUGACUGGGGGGUUCCAUAUAAUAUUGAGAGUAUUGACAGUGUGAACAUACAAGUACAACAAAACAAAUUUACUUCCAAGGUCGGGAUGGUGUGCCCUCCUCAGCCUGGGGAUUUCCAUUGUCCCAGAAUCCUCCAACCUGACAUGACACUUGCUGGAUUCUUCGAGCUUGAGAGUAAUGGCCUGGCUGGCCUCGUGCUUGGGUUCUUCGAGCUUCGAAGCAGUAAGCAAAGUCAAAAAGCAGAUUGGGAAGAAAACUCUACUUUAGUUCCAGGAGAAGGCAUGUCCAAUGAAAAGGUUACAAGGCACUCAGUAGCAGUUAAUAAGCAUAACAGUCCUGGUGUCCUACCCCCUCAACAAAAGCUGUUUACACCAUAUUCACCCCAGAGUCCAAUUAAUCAAGUGAAUGGUGCAUAUAUGCAGCAGGAGUUGCACAUCACAUUUUUACAAGAUUGUUGCAAUGUGCUGGAAUGGCAUUUGGUCAAGGUAACCAUGGAAUGUGACACAAUCAAGAACCUCUUCGACAAACUCACAAAUGUAGUUAAUUUGGGAACAUGCAAUCUGAGUCUACUCAGGAGUAACUCACCUUUACAGCUUCUGAUGACCACAGGUGAGAACCCCCCACUGCAUGACACACACCCAAAGGUGCAGUGCUGGACAAGAAAAGAUUAUGAAGACUGGUUGGACUCCCCAGAGGCUGGAGGGAGCAACCAUGGACUAUAUGCAUAUCUCGAGGACAAAAAUGGUGAUGUUCCAUUGUCAGAAAUGCUAACCAAGAUUCAAAGAGCCCUAUGUGCAGGGUGGAUCGAACUUACCCAGCACAAAAUAGCACCAGAUACCUGGGGUAGAGCAAGCAUGACUGCACUCCAAUUCAUACAGGCAUAUAUGGAGAAGGACUUCCCCCUGUUCAAGCUUGCAGAAAGUGGCUGGAAACUCAAGCAUCUGUGUAUGAAGACAUACUUGGCCUGGAGAACAAAAUGUCUGGAUGAGAAUGGAGAGACUUUUGAUGAUGACAAAGACCUCAAAAGCCUCAAUCCCAGCAGUAAAAAACACAAGGGGCCUGCAGAUGCUUCAUUAAGGCCAUUUAACAGGAAACAAAAAUCCACAGCAGCCUUGCAGUCCUGGGACCCAUCUGAAUCACUAAAGCUCAUGGCACCAGACUCAUCCUCGACAUCUGUUGAUUCAGCAGCUCAUGUAGAGUCACCAAUACAAGGAAAAGUCAAUGUAUUACCUGUCCCUCCCAUUACAGAAAGUCAGCAAAAUAUCAACCCCAAUGGACAGAAAGAAGAUUUCCAUGUGUACUGGGACAAGAUGUUAUCUCCAGCUGUGCACAAGACUUACAACAAUGAAGCCAAAGAACUUGUUGCGAAAAAUACCUGGACCAAGUCCAUCAUUGAGUAA